AUGGACCAGAGAGACCCAAACUCACGGCAAACCUCCUCAAAGGAAAGCCACGAGACCAACGGACACAGCAAUCAGAGCGGCAACAGCGAACCCACGAACGGUCACCCAGUCAACGAAGCCAAUAACGAAAAUGCCGAAUACUACCAGACAUUUCUUAGACGGCUUAUUGAUGUGGUUUCGCAUGGACAGCCCGAGGCCGUGGAUAGUUUGAUUGCCACCAUCCGCUCAGGCGCUUCCCAGGCAGAGAUCUUCAUGGCGCUGUCGGAACUCACAGCCGAAGCCUCUUCAGAGCAAGCCAGCAGGACACAGGCGCCAUAA